AUGUCUUCAGCGAGGCCCAUUGCCGGCCCUCCCAGGAUAGCCACUCCUGUCAAAUCGAUUCUGAAACCAUCAUCGGUCCUUGGGAGGAGAAAGGCAGAUGAUGCUGGGCUUGACGAUGAAGAAGCCGUAGUACCCAGUAGCCCGACCAAAUACCGCCCGGCCAAAUAUCGCAAAGUCGACUUCGACAUCGCUCGAAACACCACGCACGAAAUUGGCAAUAGGACAAUGGAGGAGGUCAAGCGAGAAGUGAGGGAGGCACUUGAGGAGCAUCGACGCGGAAACGACGGGCCGUACGACACCCUCAAGGAAAUCUUCGGCGACGACAAGCAACGAUACCUCCCACCUGUUGUUGGUGAAGAGGAUGAUACCCUGAAACCUCAGGAGCUUCGGGCUUAUGUUGUGGCGUUGACCAGCUGCAUGCCCAUCCUGAAGGAGAAGGAGUGCAAUGGUCUGGUCAAGACGAUCCUCAAAUGUUCUUGGCUCGGCCGAGAUGAGGAGUUCCUCAAGGUCUUCACCAGCUUCCUGGCCUCGUUGAUCAGUGCCCAAGGCACUUACUUACUUCCUGUGCUGGCUAUGAUUGUCGACAAGUUCACAGCCACACGAUCAUCUACCUGGGAUGUGCCGGACUUUCCUGAAGUCAACCGCGACAUUGCGCGAGAUAGGCUGCACAAAGCCUUGCGGUAUCUGCUAGAGAUGUUCCCGUCUGCCACUUCUGUCCUCGAGCACCAACUCAUCGCCAAAUUUCCUUUCCCCGACGAGUCGUUGCGUGUUCACAUGGCCUACAUCGACAACUUGUUCCGGUUGAAAGAGUAUGCUCCCGAUCUCAAAGAACCAAUCUUAGAUCUGAUCCUAGAUCGCAUCGUAAAAUUAGAUUCCCAAAUGCAGCUCGAUUUAGAAGAUAUCGACGAUGAUAUCACUGCCGCCGUCAUGUAUGCCUUGCGGGAGCAUAACAGACAAGAAUCGCAAUGGGAGGAUGAUGACGAUUUAGACGACAGCGACACUGAGUCAGUGGACAUCGAGGAUCCCGAUUAUGAUCGCGAAGCCGCAAGGAUCAAGGUGGUCAAGGAGAAUGUUGAGAAGAUGGAUGCCAUGUUGGACACACUGUUUGCCUUCUACACACCUCUUAUCGCGUUCAGCCCUGGGUCUGAUAGAGCAUACGACAACUUCACAAUCAUUCUUCGCGAGUUCGAACAAUUGGUCCUCCCAACAUACAAGUCCCGCCACACCCAGUUUCUCAUUUUCCAUUUUGCUCAAAUGGAUGCACGACUGUCAGACGCCUUUUGCGGUCAAAUGAUCCAGGCAGCAUCAUCUCGAGAUACCCCGAGCAUCUUACGACAGGCCGCAGUUGCUUACCUGGCUAGCUUCGUUGCUCGUGGCGCAAACGUGCCCCGCGAAUCCGUGCGUGAGAUUUUCUCUCUACUCAUUGCACAUAUGGACGAGUAUCAGCGGAGGCAUGAAUCAAUCUGUCGCGGCCCAGAUCUCAGACGUUUCUUCUUCUACUACAGUUUGGUGCAAGCCGCCAUGUAUAUCUUCUGUUUUAGAUGGCAGGACCUCGUAGAAUCCGCCCCCGACUUCGUCGACCCCGAAGAUCCGGCCUCCUACCUUGGCCAUGAGUUGGAUUGGACUGGAUCCAUUAGGCAGGGACUGUCUGUUCAUAUCUUUGGCAAGUUCAACCCCUUAAAGGUCUGCGCACCCGUCAUCGUGGAAGAGUUCGCAAAGCUUGCGCACCGUCUGCGGUUCAUGUAUGUCUAUCCGCUAGUCGAGUCCAACAAGCGCCUUCGACUCACCCAAUACAUGAACACCUACGCCACGGGCGGAGCUCUGAGAGACGCUGGCCAUGAGACGAGCGACGAGUCCUCUCUCCAGCUAGAUCCCUUCUUCCCCUUUGAUCCAUACCAGCUGCCUGUCAGUAAGAGGUGGCUCGAGGGUGAUUAUCUCCACUGGAGGGCGGUGCGUGGCUUGAACGAGGACGAAGAGGAUGAUGAUAGUGACAACAUGGAUGAUGAUGAAGAACUAGAGAAUUUCGACGAGGGCACCGCUACGGAUAGCGAUGGCGAGAUUUAA